CCAGCUGUAUGGCAUGCAACCCAUCCGCAUCAAGAAGUUCCCCUACCUGUGGCUCGUCUACAACGGGGAGAUCUACAACCACCACACAGUGUGAGUGUUGACGAGGACAAGGCUGGUCAUGCUGUCAUGCUGAUUGAGUUCGAAUAACAGACUGGAAGCUUCAAAAGGAGGGUGGUGCUUGGAAUCAUUGUUCUUCCUCUGUCAACCAUGGUUACCUGCAAGGGAACACGUGCCGUCAUCAUUGCUUUGCACAAGAAGGGCAAGGCUAGGAUAUUGCUGCCAGUAAGAUUACACCUAAAUCAACCAUUUAUCGGAUCAUCAAGAACUUCAAGGAGAGCGGUUCAAUUGUUGUGAAGAAGGCUUCAGGGCGCCCAAGAAAGUCCAGCAAGCGCCAGGACCGUCUCCUAAAGUUGAUUCAGCUGUGGGAUCGGGGCACCACCAGUACAGAGCUUGCUCAGGAAUGGCAGCAGGCAGGUGUGAGUGCAUCUGCACGCACAGUGAGGCGAAGACUUUUGGAGGAUGGCCUGGUGUCAAGAAGGGCAGCAAAGAAGCCACUUCUCUCCAGGAAAAACAUCAGGGACAGACUGAUAUUCUGCAAAAGCUGAAGAAGCAGUUCGAGUUUACGGACUACCAGACCAAAGUAGACGGUGAGAUCCUGCUUCACCUGUACGAGCGGUUCGGCAUUCAGAAGAUGGCGUCCCUAUUGGACGGAGUGUUCGCCUUCAUCCUCCUGGACACAGCCAAUAGGAAAGUGUUCCUGGGGAGGGAUACGUAUGGCGUGCGGCCCAUGUUCAAACUACUGACCGACAACGGCUUCUUGGCUGUGAGCUCUGAGGCUAAAGGUCUGACUGAUAUCACCCACUCCAUGUCUUCUCCUCCUAAGAUCACUCCGUUCCUCCCGGGGCACUUUGAGGUGUUUGACCUGAAGCCCACUGGGAAGGUAGAGUCUAUUCAGAUGGACCGCUUCCACUACUGCACCCAGGAGCCCAGCCACGCUGUCUAUGACACGGUAGAAAUGCUACCCUCCGGUUUUGUCCCAGAGACAGUGAAGAGCAACAUUCGGUUGUUGUUUGAGAACGCUGUCCGGAAACGCCUCAUGGCCCACAGGAGGAUCGGCUGUCUUCUAUCAGGUGGGCUGGACUCCAGUCUGGUGGCAGCUAUGCUGGUCAAACUGGCCAAAGAGGAGAAGUUGAAGUACCCCAUCCAGACCUUCGCUAUCGGGGCUGAAGACAGCCCAGACAUCCUGGCUGCUCGCAUGGUGGCGUCGUACAUCGGCAGUGAGCACCACGAGGUCAACUUCACCCCUGAGGAAGGUUUCAAAGCCGUGGAGGAGGUCAUCUUUCACCUGGAGACCUAUGACAUCACCACCAUACGCGCCUCUGUCGGCAUGUACCUAGUGUCAAAGUACAUCCGUGAGAAGACUGACAGCGUGGUGAUUUUCUCUGGGGAGGGCUCUGAUGAGCUGACACAGGGGUACAUCUACUUCCACAAGGCUCCCACGCCCAAGGCAGCAGCAGAGGAGAGUGUUCGUCUGAUGAAGGAGCUCUACCUCUUUGACGUCCUGAGAGCCGACCGCACAACCGCUGCACAUGGUCUGGAGCUGAGAGUGCCUUUCCUGGACCACAGAUUCACAGCGUACUACCUCUCCCUGCCUGAGGAGAUGAGGCAACCUAAGGAUGGAGUGGAGAAGCACCUCCUCAGAGACUCAUUUAAAGGUCUGAACCUGAUCCCAGACGAAAUCCUAUGGAGACGUAAAGAGGCCUUCAGCGACGGAAUGACUUCUGUCAAGAAGUCCUGGUACAACAGCCUGCAGGACCAAAUGGAGUCUGAGGUGAACGACUACGAUCUGGAGAAAGCUCCUAAGACAUUCCCGUUCCUCCCUCCCAGAACCAAAGAGGCGUACUUCUACCGCCAGGUGUUUGAGAAUCUUUACCCGGGCCAGGCUAAGUGGCUCAGCCACUACUGGAUGCCCCGUUGGAUCAAUGCUACAGACCCCUCAGCCAGAACUCUCUCCAUCUACAAGCCUGACAAGGACCAGUGAUACAGAAACAACAGUGGCUCUUUUCCAAUACCCUCACUAGCGUAGCACUUAGAAUGAAGCAGUCCAUUGAGCAUGCAUGCAUUAUAAGUGGUAUGCUAGUAUGGAUAUUGGAACCUAGACCGUGUCAGCUGUCAAUUACCUCUGUCACCAUUACUACAACUCCUCUUCACAACAAACCUAUCUAGAAUUUGUCUCAUGCUAGAGUUGUGACGAUUGUGGGAUUUUAGGGUAACAAAUUGUAAUUUUUGUUGAAAAAUGUUUUUGACCUUGUAAUGCAUCUUUAGCUACUACAUACCUAAUGAAUACAACACUGCUUUGGAACUUUGGAAAUGAAGCUUCUCCUACUGACCGUGCUGCUAGCAAAAUGCUAUUGGAUAAACUGUCUACUUGAAUUUAAAGUUGAAUCCCCUCUUCUCCUAAAAUAAAGGCAUUAAGACUA